CUGGAAACAGACUCCGCCUACGCACCAAUGGGAGGAAAAUAUCUUGAUUGACAGCUGUACAGACCACAGCUGAGUUCUUAUCGGCUCCACGUGGUAGCAACUGACAUCAGUCUUCAUGGGAAGUCCAGGGUCACAGUUUUUUUCCCCUCAGUGCAGAGCCUCAUAAAGGUGAGUCAAGGCUGAGUUUGUCUUGUGCAGGUGACAUCCUGGAUACAUAGGGGACUGAGGUUAAACACUAAGUGAGGCUGUUCAUGCUCUCUGGAGGUUUUCUUUGCACAUUUUCUUUCCUACUUCACCAUGUUUUCUGUUGAAGAGAACAUUGCAAACCACACUUGCUCUGGUUACCAGGAUCAGCAUCCCCACACUAUCCUUUACAACAUCUUGAGCUGGAGGGACAGCGACCACCUCAACAACGAAGCAAACUUCCCAUCACACACCUGCCACUGCAAGCAGAGGAAAGUUUGCCUGAAGGACCCGAGGGGCACCUGUCAAGUUGCCUCCAGUGUGCUGCUCAAGACCGUCUGCUUCAUGAGGAGUUUACCAUCCUUCAGUCAGCUUCCACUGGGAGAUCAGUCAUCACUGCUAGCACACUGCUGGGUUCCGUUAUUUGUUCUGGGGCUCGCACAGGAAAGGAUAAUGUUUGAAGUGACUCAUGUACCAAAUCCGAGUAUCUUGAGACAGAUUUUGCUCAAGCCGGGGCUUUCUGAAAAGGAGGCUGACAAAGCAACUCUUGCCGGAGUCCACAGACUGAGAGCUUGCUUGUAUCAGCUGUGGGAUCUGGAUCUCAGUCCUCAGGAGUAUGCUUACCUGAGGGGUGCUACGUUGUUUAACCCAGCUGUUCAAGGCUUGAACGCCAUGUUGCUCAUCGAGGGCCUCCAACAGGAGGCACAGAGGGCUCUCCAGGAAGUCAUCCACCUGCUGCACCCGGAGGACGCCAAUCGCUUCAGAAACGUCCUUCGAGCAGCCUCCGCCACCCAGAACGUCAGCCACAGCUUGAUCACAGAGCUUUUCUUCAAGCCAAUUAUUGGCAACACAAACAUGUUGCAUUUAUUAACAGACAUGCUGUUUGUCCAUUGAGAUUCCAGAGACAAUGUUGUUUGAUUGUUUUCCAUUCGGCACGUAAUGGUUUAUUCACUGCAAAUUGUAUUGAUCUUUUUGAUAUAUUGUUUUGUUGUUGUUCGGUUUUUAUCUCUGCCUUGUAAGGUGAUCUCGACUGCUGUGAAAGCCUAUAAAUAAAAUGUAUUAUUAUCAAUUUGAGUAAAAAGUGCAUGAAAUAAACAUUUCAAUACCUUUUUAAUGGUGCCGUGCCCACCGCUCCAGUAUAUGUGUGUACAUGGUAUCUGUCUGUGUGUUUCUAUGCAUGUGCGUGUUUGGACGGUUGCCAGCUGGAUGGGUUAAAUGUGGAGAACAAUUUCAUGUGUAUGCAUGACAACAAAAGUAAAUCUUCUUCCUCUUCUUCUGUGAAAGCUUGGAAACUUGCAGAGAAAUGUGCUUAUGACCUUAAAUAAAACUGCAUACUUUGACUCCCUCAUGUGGUCAUGUGGCAAACAACAAGCAAAUGCCUCCUUUUGUAGUUCCACUUAAUUUUUCUUUAUUGUUUAACAAUGAGACAUCAGUUAAAAGAUGGUAUAUUGUCACUGCCAACACAUCUUUGCUGAAAAUAUACAUUUCCUUUUGGCGAAGAUCCAAGUGUUUACAGGUCAAACUCAGGAAUAAUGUAUGAACUGAAGAUGCAGAAAUUUCCGGUGGAAUAAAAAGCAUGUUACAGUUAACAAGCCUAAUUAGUCAAGAUUCCCUUUUUGCAUCAUGACACAAACCAGAACAACCAGUUUUACACAUUCAAUCAAACAAACGAUGAUGUUGCAGCCAAAUCAUGACACUGGCUUAUUUCAUGCAUCUUAACCAUGUUACCUCAAGACAAACAAUAGCUAAUAGUUAAAUAUUCCUAACACUAAAAUUUCAAUCUGCUAAUGAUCUGGAAAGUUAUGUUUAGAAUAAGUGUACAAGCUACCCAUUGUGUAUUAACUGAAGCUGUGACUGUAAGGUCCAUGCCCAAAAGUAACCAUGAACCGAUGCUGAUAAGACGGCCGCAGAGCUGAAGAAAAUCCCCUUGAGUCACCUGGACAAAUUCCCACCAGGAUCCAGGAGCAAACACAGCAAAGCAUAUUGGUAAGAGAAGCAGGCUUUCACCUCAUGAGACAGCCUGAUACAGUAAGUUAUAGUCCUUGAUACAACCUGAAGAACAGCUGCAGCUCACACCAGCUUUCAUUUUGGGAGCCAAAUAUAGACAAAGCCAAAAACAGUACACUGUACAUUAACAUUCCUCUGCUUCAUAUGAACUUCAUAUUACAUCAUGACACUAUGCACUACACUAAACACACAACAUAAAAGGCACAAUGGAAAUAACAAAACAAAAAGAAAGCUUACAUGCGUCUUCCGGUUGUCUUUGGCAAAAACACAAAACAACAAAAAAAUGAAAUUUUAUGAAAUAUGUUGUCAAGUGGCACAAAGACAAGAAACCACGGGGUAGAGCUAGAUUCGUCCAAAGGUAAGAAUGCCUACCAGCACUUUUAACGGGACAGUAUGGAACAUUUACAAACAUAAACUUUUUGUCAUAUAUGCUAAAACUGUCACUAUGAUCUGACUGUAAAGCAUGAAGCAGGUAAUAUCUGAACUAAAUCUGGCUCCUCUGGCUUAACAUAGAGAUAUACUACAAUUUGGAAGAAUCCUACAAUCCUGUAACUAAAUCACCAAUCAGAGCGACGAGGAGUGUCUGACUGAGUUUCAACCACAAUACGACUGGUUAGCAUCAUUCUACUUAGAAGUUGUUAAGUGCCUGGGCAGUCUGUGGUUUGGUGUUUAUGUAACUGCUUGCAGAAUUGGUUUAUUGUGUAGUAUGAGCUAGCUACAUGUCAGUUUUACAUGCAGUUAGUCCAGCCAGCAGCAGAUGCCAUGUCAAGACGCAUAACCUGCGGUGGGUAAAGUCCAGAGAAUUGGGUCAGGGCUUUACUCGGACUUUGACUGUCAAACAUGAAUAACUCAGCAAGAGGUUCUCUGCACAGACACAUUCUCUGCAUUUCUCAGGUGAGAGGUGGAGCAGCCGGGUGCAGCAGACAGAGGCAGGAUGAUAAAGUAUUAAUUCCAGUGCUGUUUGUUUACAGCACCCCAACACCAGCUCUCAUCACAGCAAACUCUCUUGACACAUUGACGUCUGUGUUCUUUGUUUCUACGUGUGUGAUGCCGCUUUUAUAAAACCUUCCACGACAGCUUUAAGCCCACUAAAAACAUUUCAUAACAUUGUUUGCAAAAAUUGAACUGUAAAAUGU